GAACAGGGCAGAGAGAGAGAGGGACGGAGAGAAAGAGAGGGAGUGACUACAGAUGCUCCGGUAAUCUGCCACAGAGUCAAAGAAAAGCAGUCGCGAAACGUCUCUUCUCGUCUGACAACACAGAACGAGACUGGAAAACCACAGAGGAAUUGGAUUAAACAAACGGUACAGAAAAACAGGAAUAGCUGACAAUUGCAAGAAGAGGGACACUGACGCACUCUGUGUUGGAUCGAUUCUGAAGGAAGUUUGCUGCUGUACAUCUGUGUGUGUGUCAUUAUUUUGGUUCUGCUGGGAUGUCCUGGUUGUCUCCGGUCCAGUGGGCAAAAUGGACAUGGUCAGCGGUGACAGGAGGAACAGGCGAAGAGGAGGUUAAAAAUGAAGGAGAGGAGAAUUCAGAUUCAGAAGGGGCAUUUGACACACCAGAGGCAGAAUCCCCAGGAGUGGCUAAAGUACUGACACAAUUGGACAACUCAAACCACACAGCCCCAUAUGAUGCCUCAAACCACUUUCUGGACCAGAACUCCAACCAGGACAUCGUUCCAGCAUCACCUGAAGAUAACACUACAGCUGACAUCACAAGUUCCACUGCCAACACCGUCCCACCACACAGCUUUGGGUUGGAUCAAAACCUCAACUUGACCCUUGGCUCCAAACCCAGUCCUUCACCUCACUCUCUGACCACACGCCCACCCUCCCUCUCCAUCCACUCCAAGCCAGACCCUGCAGAGGUCGAUGAUGAAGCACCCAUAUCUUCAGAUUCAAAUCCAGACUCAAACCUCAUUUCCCCCAAUGACAGUUAUGUGGACAGUGACUUACUUAACGGCAACAUGAACUCUGAGAAACUGAGCUGUAACCUCGAAGGACCUAAAACCACAAUGAUCACAAACUCCUGUAAAAUGAAGCAGAACCUCAAAGUCCAAGAGGAGCCUCACAGAAAACAUGCCACUGAUGAAGAAAAGCUGGCCGUUACCGUUGGGGUUAAACCAGACCAGGACCAGAUCAUUGAAGAUUGUCAUGUGAAAUCUGCAGAGUCUGACUGUUGCUCUUCGAGCGAUAACCUCGACAACAUGAAGAACAGGGCCACAGGAAAUAAUAUGCAGAAAACGGGAAGUCAGGUGCUUGACUCCAUUUGCAUUAGUGAAGAAGAGAAGCAGGCUGUUCUCACUCUCAUCAGAGAAGAGAUCAUCACUAAAGAGGUAGAAGUCAGCAGCUGGAAGCACAAAUUUGAAGAGAGCAGACAAGAAGUCUCUGAAAUGAGAAAAAUAGUGGCAGAAUAUGAAAAGACAAUAGCUCAAAUGAUAGAGGAUGAGCAGCGGAGUAAAAUGACUUCCCAGAAGGCUUUGCAUGCCAUGACAAUGGAAAGGGACACAGCUCUGGCCGACCUGAACUCUGUGGAGCGUUCUCUCUCCGAUGUGUUUCGACGAUAUGAAACCAUGAAAAGCACACUGGAGGGUUUCAAGAAAAAUGAAGAAGUUUUGAAAAAGUGUGCUCAAGAGUAUCUGGCCAGAAUCAAGCAAGAGGAGCAGAGAUACCAGACUCUGAAACUUCACGCAGAGGAAAAGUUAGACAAGGCCAAUGAGGAGAUCGCUCAGGUGCGGGCCAAGUUGAGUUUGGAAAAUGUGGCUCUUACUGCCAGUCUGAGAAAAGAGCAGAUGAGGGUGGAGUCUCUGGAACAGGCUUUACAACAGAAGAAUCAGGAGAUGGUGGAACUCACUAAGAUUUGUGACGAGCUCAUUGCCAAAAUGGGGAAAAUAGACUGAGACAGAGCCAGUCAAGUAUAGUCUAUUUAAACCUGUGCCAGCCUUGCAUUUCAGAGACUCUUUGGUUAAUCAUGUAAUGCAAAUAUACAAUGCAUUUUAAUAUUGCACUAUUGUUAGUCAGUGAGCUGCUUGUAAAAUAUGUAAAAUGUUCUCUUAGAAAAUCUCCAGUGACAUCUAUUGGAGAAUUUUAUGGAAACACUUCAUAAUAUGUUUGAAUGAGCUUUAGGCAAGAUGUGUUUCUUAUGAUGCUAACUGUUUAUAUUGCUCUGAAGCAAAAAGUGUCGUCUGAGCCCGAAUCAUACAAAGUUGUAUAACCAGUGAGAUUAUAAUAUUGUAGCUACAUUUUGUGCUAUUUGUUUCCAUUGCUACAUGUAUUUAAAAAAUUGCACUAAUCAUUGUGAAAAUGACCUGUUACUUUGACUUUAUAAUGUCUUUGAGAGUCAAACUAACCUCCGCUGGACCCUCAUGCACAACAUUUGUACACACCGAUAACAUUUUGAUUUAAUACUAAGUUGCUUGCUGCACUUUCUUUUCAUAUUAUCUAAAUCUUGACUGUUGUUGACAUAUGGUGGAAAAUUCUGUAUAUUUUGAUUUAAUAAAACUUCACAAGUUUUUCACA